AUGGGAGACUCAGAGCUGCGCACGACUGCAUUAUGCCCUGCCCUGGUCGUAGCCCCUGAGACAUUCCUCAGCUUGGCCGGCCGCAACGAUGCGUCGUUGCAACGUUCCUGUUUCUCAUCCUCCUCCUCUCGAUUGAGAAGAUGCAACGCGACCGUCACCCCUUCACGUUGCCCUGGAUGCACGCGGCGGACGUCUCUCCGGCCGGCGGGGUCCAAGCCCGCCGGCCGGGCGCCGCAGCCGCGCACCGCUGGAGGCGGCCGAGGGAGCAGCAGGGAGAUCGAGGAGGCGGCGUGGGAAGAGGAACAGGAAGAGGAAGAGGGAAGCGGGGCAGAACAUGAGAGGGGAGGGCAGGGCGAGUGGCACUGCACAUCUACUGCAUGA